UUUAUCAGGGACUUUUAUUAUAUUCCGCGUAUUAUUCAGAUGGCGGCGAAAAACUUCUGAAUUCGGAGAGACGUCGUUAACCGUAUAUUUAUCGGCAACCGUAUUGCUGUUGAUCGUCUCAAAGCAGGAAGUAGCGAGUCACAGCAGCAGCAGUUGUCAGUCAAUGUCCAUGUUUCAGGAUGGCUGAGAGCAGCCUGGAGGAGCGGAGUUUGGAGAUUUUGGAUUUACCUGAUGAUUUCGACUUAGAUCUGCUCUCUCUCUACCUUGAUAACAAGCGACGAUCUGGAGGAGGAAACGUGGUCUCUUUGGAAAAACGAGGAAACCAUGCACUGGUGGUUUUUGAAGAUGCGGAGACUGCUGCCAGAGUUCUCUCCAAGAGCCAUGUCCUCCAGAAAAUCACACUGAAAGUGCGGAGGAAACCACCAAAGGACCCUGGAAAGCUGCUGCUGAAAGGGCUCAAUCCACAAACUUCACUGGACCAUGUGGAGCUUUAUGUGGAAAAUGUUACUGGAUUGACUUGUGAAACAGACUUCAUCCUGUAUCCAACUCCGAAGAAGGACAUGGUUCUAGUACACCUAAAAACCCCUUUAGGCGAAGAUUUUCAGACGCUUAAAGACGAAGUUUCCAAGAAGACUCUGAACGGAGCAACAAUCACUCUGGAGCAGGUCGAAUCCACAGACUCCAUUUUGGUGGCCAAUCUGUCUCCUAACCUCACAGACGACAUGCUGGAGCUCUACUUUGAGAGUAGCCAUGCUGGAGGUGCUGACGUCCUAGCAGUUAACAUGCUCGCUAAUGGACGUGCUAAAGUUUCUUUCAAGGAUUUGAAAUCUGUGGACUGCGUUCUCCAGAAAUCCCAUAAUUUGGAAGGUACAGAUUUAAUAGUGGAGCCGUACUUUGAUUUCCUGCAUGAUGUGGACGAUCAAUCAUCUGUGAGCCCUCAAGAUACACAGGGCACGUUAACAGAUGGGACGAACCAAUCACAAGCCGCCUCACCCCAAAGCCCGACUGUUUCCGUCCCAGUGGCGAGCACCAGUUUAGUACACAAUGCCGCUCCCAUAGACAACACCACAAAUUUAGCAGAUACCACUAUCCAAAAGGAAUGUGUUAGCUUUGUAUCUGUGCCUGACGCCACUAAACAUCAUCUGCUUGAUUUAAGUAAUUUGCUUGGGAAACUCAAAAAGGAUCACCCCAAAUUUGACGUCAGUCUAGCAAAAGAUGGCGUCCAAAUUAAAGGUCCUGACCAAAUUGAGGUUGAAAGUCUUAAAAAUGAAAUUCUGCAGUUCCUGACUAACGUUGCGCAGGACCACGUGACAUACGACAAACUCAAAGCUGACUUCCUCAGACAGGAGGAUGUUAAAAACAAGCUGAAUUUGUCUUUGAAAAGCGUACCUUCAAUCUACAGCGUGUCAGGCUGUACGGUCACUGUAACGUCUUCGUCCCGUAGCGCCGCCAAACAGGCCCAAGAGCUGAUAAAGUCUCAGAUCUCAGAGAUCACUGUGCCGAUAGCCAAAGAGUGCGAGAGCAUGCUCUCUUCAACCGAGUGGACUGACUUCCUGGGGUCUCUGAAGUUCUGCUGCGCCAAAUUGUCUGACGCGGGUGGAGCGAUUACUGCCGUCACCCUGACAGGGAUGGAGAAGGACAAUCAAGAGAGGAUAGUUGCGUUUCUCAGCACAAUACCGCAACAGAAGGAGACCGUCCUGUCUAUGGAACCAGGAAUGCUCAAAUUCCUGCAACUCCAUCAUCAGGAUCUACUGGCGGACAUGGGAGAGGUCAUCCUAUUCCCGCUGGAGUCUGGAGAUGGAUUGAGUAUUCAGGGAGAUUGGAGUGUGUGCCAAUCGGCGGCAGAAUUAUUAAGUGCUAUUAUCGGAUCAGUCUUUACGAAGACUAUUGUGGUGACCCAGCCUGGCAUUUCCCGCUUCCUGCUGGAGGAGGAGGGUGUCAGCAUUCUGGGAGAGAUGACAGCAAAGUUCGAAGUCUAUAUCGACAUGGCCAAAGUCCACUGGGAGCCUCUAGAAGAUGAUGACAUACUGGAGCUGGCAUGGAAAAUGACAACCUGUCAAAACUUCCAGAGAAGUUCCUCUGCAAAUUCCAUUCAGGACUUCACUGCUGGAGUCCCGAAUGGACGUGACUCUGCUGAUGCACGUACUACAGCUCGUAUCGAAGAGGCUAAGAAGAUCUUGGCAGUCAUUGGCAGCGAUUUGAACCCUCAGCCUUCUAGUUUAGGAUCCACGGACAUUGAUCUGUAUUCAGACCAAAGCCAAGAUACCUCAGCAGUGGCAGAAGAAGAAGCAGACGAACCCCGAUCACUGGAGGCCCAUGACCUCCAGAGCCCCUCUACAUCCACGAACGUCUGCGACCUCGACGAAGACGCGAGCCUCCUGUUGGCCAUUCAGAUGUCAAUGGAGGACAGCCGGAGAUCGGACACAGAGGACAUGCAGAAAGCUCUAGAACUAUCCAGAAAAGACUCCAGGCCAAACGAAGAGAACUCGCAGCUGGAGAGAGCGUAUGAAAUGUCCUUGCAAGACGCCAUCAAGUCAGCCAAUAAAGCCGAGAUCUGUGUGUUUGCUAACUACAACCAUGAUCUUGUAAGAGUGGACAUCGCAUUGGGCAAGAAGGUUGGAAUGAGACAGUAUGAGGAGAAAGUCGAGAACAAGAGCCUGCGGAAGCUCUCCUCCCAUCAGAAGAGAUGCAUAGAGCUCAUUAAAAGAAAGCACGCCGUCGAAAUCAGCAUCCAGGGCACCACCGCCGUCCUCUCCGGCUUUAAAGAUUACGUCUCCGAGGCCGUGGUAGACCUGAAGAACGUCCUGAGAAGGACAGAGAACAUGAUGGCGGAUGCUGAAAUCGUGAAGAGCGUACAGUGGGUGUGGUACGAGCAGGGCUCUUCAUCGAAAGCCAUCCCGUACCCGCCGGAUGCCACGGUGUUCAUGGAGAACGCUUGGAAGAUGAAGCAGAAGAAGGUCGACGUUCUGUUCAACAAUCAGCCGUACAGCAUCGACUUCGAGAAGAUGGAAGAGCACAGUUUGGCCUCCGGGAAAUCCGUGCCUAUUAAACGGAAAAUGCUGAGCGCAGAGGACUUGUACACGGAUGGCACAGUUAAGAAGAAAAGACGAACGGUUCACGUUUCGAUUGAUCUAAAAAGGCAAUGCAGUGAUCUGUCAGGACGCAUUAAAGAGCCACAAAACGAUGAAGAUUACAGUCUGCUGUCCAGCAUGCCUGAAGUGUAUCCAGUGGAUGUAGAUUCUGAUGAAUUUCAGAAUGUGGUCAAAGAUUUCUAUGACACCCUUCAGGACAACCACAACAAAAUCAAAAUCAUCAAGGUUGAUAAGCUGAUGAAUAAACUCUUGCAUGAGCAGUACAGACUGAAAAAGGUCAGUAUUGAGCGGAGCUCUUCAGAGACGCAGGUGGAGCGAACCCUUUACCAUGGCACCAGUGAGACCAGCGUCAAAGAGAUCUGCAUUCACGGCUUCAACAGGAGCUUCUGUGGGAAAAAUGCCACUGUGUACGGUCAGGGUGUGUAUUUUGCGGUUAACGCCGCACUGUCCGUGUCGGACACCUACUCCCCACCCAAUGCAGACGGGCACAAGUUUAUUUUUGUGGCCAGAGUGCUGACCGGAGAUUUCACCGUGGGCAAAUACGACUACAAAACCGCCCCACACAAGGAGAGCUCUGACAUUCCCGUCAGAUACCACAGCGUGGCGGAUCAGAUCGGCACCCCAACUCUAUUCGUCAUCUUCAACGACACGCAGGCUUAUCCAGAGUACCUUAUCACAUGCAAGAAGAUCUACGGCUAAUUACAUACUUUCACAUGCUCAUGCUGAAAUGCAUUUAUAAUGUCACUGGUAAUCAAGUCUAAUCAUUAAAGCACUCUUACUAGUACUUUUACUGCUGAUGUUUUUAUUUUAAACAAGAUUUAGUUUGAACUGUAGUUGAGUGUUGUUUUCUUUAAUUUUAUUAAUAAUUUGACUAUUCUGUAUUGUAAGUGACUGACAAACUGUUUUCAUAUUUUGUUGUUUAAUGAUUGAUAUUUUUAAACAAAUGUAUUCAGUCAUACCGUAUGGUUUGUUUUAAGACUGUCAGCUUCACAUCACUCACAGAUUAGUAUUUUUGGUGUCAAAAAAUAAAUAAAUGCUGAAAUGAA